GCCGGAGAAUGGCUGAGUUUCCUUUGGACCCAAUGUUAUCUAAAUCGAUUAUUUGGUCUGAGAAAUACCAUUGUUCGGAAGAAGUAUUAUCUAUUAUAAGUAUGCUGACUGUACAAGGCUCGGUAUUUUAUCGUCCCAAAGACAAAAAAUUUCACGCCGAUAAAGCUCGACAAAAUUUUAUUAGACCUGGUGGUGAUCAUUUUACUCUCCUUAAUGUUUGGGAACAAUGGUUAGAAACCAGCUAUUCUAUGAAUUGGUGUUAUGAAAAUUUUAUAGUUUAUAGGUCAAUGGUACGUGCGCGUGAUGUACGCGACCAGCUUGUCGGAUUGUGCGAGCGUACUGAAGUGGAGUUAGAAUCAAAUCCAAAUCCAGCUGACAUAACACCAAUUCAAAAGGCCAUUGUUGCUGGUUUCUUUAUGAAUGCCGCAAGGAUAUCUCGUUUUGGUGAGUCCUAUCAAAAAGUAAAAUUCGGAGAUCCAAGUCGCACAGUACAUAUUCAUCCCAGUAGUGGAUUGUUCAAGGCUGAUCCGAAAUGGGUAAUAUAUUUUGAAUUGGUCUUAACUAGUCAAGAGUAUAUGCGUCAAGUUAUGGAAAUACAACCUGAAUGGUUGCUAGAAG